AUGAGAGAUCCAUUGAUGAGAAGUACAAUUGUUGUAUCAGGAAAUGAAUCUUUCAACAAUGGAGACUACAAACAGGCUCUAAUGUUCUAUAACAAGGUGAUAAUUCAACUGGAUUACACAUUUCCUGAGGAUGAGGAGUGGAUAUCAAAAUUUGAUGACAUUAAGUUGAAAACUUACUUAAAUAUGGCAAUUGUAAAUUAUAAAUUGAGCAACUUUUCGGAUUCAGUACAAAACUGCUCAGAAGUGCUAUCGAUAGAUCCCGAAAACUUAAAGGCUUUAACCAGAAGGUGUAUGUGCUACACUGCUCUAUCUAAAUUUAAAGAGGCUAAGGAGGAUUUGGCAAAUAUUUUAAAGCUGGAUGUAAAUUCCGAGUUUGCAAAAUCGCAAAUGGCGAAGAUUAAGCAGCUGGAGGUUGACCAGGAAUCUCAACAACGGAACUUGUACAAAUCGAUGUUUCAAACUAGGAAUUAA